ACACCAAGCGGGCGUCACCCAGUCUCGCGCCCACAACCCGCUCUCGCCCAGCAUUAGAAGCUCGUUCCGUACCCAGUAUCGCCAUGCCCAAGUGCCCCAAGUGUGACAAGGAGGUGUACUUCGCGGAGCGGGUGACCUCGCUGGGCAAGGACUGGCAUAGGCCCUGCCUUAAGUGUGAGAAAUGCGGGAAGACGCUGACCUCCGGGGGCCACGCAGAGCAUGAAGGCAAGCCCUACUGCAACCACCCCUGCUACUCCGCCAUGUUUGGGCCCAAAGGUUUUGGCCGUGGUGGAGCCGAAAGUCACACUUUCAAGUAAACCCAGGUUGAGGAGACCCUAUCCUUGGGCACCCACCGGGCCAUUGCCCAUUCAGCAGAUGCCUGGCCUUAYCCCAGACACCCAGGGCUCCUAAUAGCCCCUUGUGCCUUCAAUAAACYUGAACACGUGGAAGACA